AUGGUCAGCGUUUUCUUCCAUGGUCUUCAUAAAAACAAGACCAAAGAAAUGACCGAUGCAGUUACAAAUAUAAUGACAUGGUUUAUGGAUGAGGUAACAGAUAUCCUCUAUCCAGCCAUAAUGGAAUAUGAAAAGAGAAAAAUAACCAAGAGAGAUAUGAGAGACAAGGAGGUCAGUGCCAAAAGGUGUGUCUGCAGAGGCAGAAAGAUAACACCCGGCAGCUCACCAGGAUGUGGGAAGAAAGGGAGUAGAGGAAAACUAACCUCACUUUUUUCUCAGCACGCACCUGGCCUGUCUCCAACUCUUGGCAGAGAGGUUUGGGAAGACAAUCUUCCUGAGCCUGAACCAGCAGCACUACCUCCUCGUCCGGCUAAUCAUCUCUCCCACUUGCGCAGGGAGAGUGCGUGCAGGGGAGCUCAGCUUGAGCAUCCUAGGCAGACUAUCCAAGCUGAGCAAUUUCCCUGUGGCCAAAGGUACUUUCAAUACAAACUGGCACAAAAAGAUGGCCAAUUAGAAAACCAUCUGAUUAGGGAAGAUAUUUUCUCUGAUGUCGCACAAGAUCACCCUAAAACAGGCAUGCUUAGAAAGGUAUUCUUACCAAUCAAUGCUCAGGAACGAACUACAGAGCUGGUCGAUUCGGUGUUAAGUAAGCUGUCCGGAUGUCAGGCCACAGCCCGGCAGCCUUCGGAGGAUCAGGGUCUCUUCCCUGACAUAGAUACCUUGACAGCCCAUAUUAUUCACUCCAGUUUAUCUGACCUUCGGCAUGAAAGUGCUCCUAAAGUCACAGCUGGUGAAAACAGGAAAAGUAACAGGAGUGUGUCAGCAGAGGAGUUAAGUGUUUUGCGAAGGAGAGAAAUUACUGAUCACGAACCCUUAGCAAAAGCCCCUCCAGCUCGGUACAAACCUCUAGAGCCUGGGAAAAUGGAUGAGAAGCUUUUUGAGGAUGCUACCAAAAGCACCUCCCAAUGCCAAAGUCCCACACCAUCUACUCCAGAGGUCUGGCUCAGAUAUUUGGAAGAUAUAAUCAGCAGGCUUUUCUCUGAUCUUCUCCCUGCCGCCGCCAGCACAUCUUCCUCGAAAGAAAAGAAAACGGAGCUUGCAGGAUUUGACUUUCUUCCCCUGAAAGUAAUCAGACAAGUGAUGGCAAAAAUCUCUGAAGAUGAUGACUCUUGUACCCAACACACUGACGAUCCGCAUGCCAGAGAGGAUGCUAUGAUUCAAAUCACUGCUGAUUCGGUUUACGACAAGCUUUUGGCACCGUUUCAGUCUCAAGUCAGCAUGCAGAACUGCUUAAGAAAUGGGUGCCUGGUUCUUUCUGAAGCUCUUUGUGACUUGGUCUUCCAAGAGGUUUGCGGGAGUCCACUGCAGAGCUCCCUUUCUGGGGAAUCACCACUUCGCCAUCGUGCCGAAGCAGACAAUUUUGUUGGAGAUACACCCAGAGAUGUUUCUGAGCCUCUGGAGAACCUAAACACCAUACCAUCAGACCUGAGUAAAAUAGUUACUCUUAUCAUCAAAAAACUAGCAGGAAAUCUGUCCAUGUUUUCAUCCCUCUUUCCCAUUGCGGAGAUGGAUGCAGAAAAGACUUCUUUGCUGAAGGAUGCAACUGCUGGCAGAAGCUCACAGCACCAGAGAUGUUUAUCAAGGGCCAAAACAUCAAAUCAGCCUUGUGCCAGGAAGAGCCACCGCGAUGUCCAGAGCAGGAAGGAGCACUUAUUCCUGGAGGUCGAAAGUACUACCUGA